AACUCCAUACAGAAAUGCCAACUGACCCAGCCGAGGCUCGAACCACUAACCUUCUUGCUAUGAGGUGACAGCGCUACCUACUGUGCCACCACGCUGCCCCAUGUAAUAUUUCCUAUUUCCUUUUUGGACACACCCUGUAAGAAUGUGUUCAUGAAACUGUUUUCAGAAGGUCUGGAAUCAGAGACAGAAGCAACGGCAGUGAUACUCUAAGAUUAUUUGUGUUUCAACUGCAAACAUGUGGGCUGAAGAUGACUUGGGUCCCGCUGCUCCACCAUGUCUUGAGAGUUACAGACAACCAGCGAAUGGCAAGGAAUACAUCAUGUAUCACGGCACAUCCAGGGCAGCUGCAGAAAGAAUUCUUAGAGAGGGUUUUCGUCCAUCUACCAAAGGCAUGCUUGGACGUGGCGUCUACCUCAGCCGAGAUCUAGAGAAGGCCUCCAGAUACCCUCUAAAUCUGCCUGAAGACCAGAGAGUGAUUAUCAGAGUGAAGGUCAAUGUUGGGAGAGUGAAGAGGAUCGACCAUCAAGGCCAUCCAAUGCAGAAAACCUGGCAGCGACGUUAUGACACUGCCUGGUGCCCUCCUGAAUGCGGCAUGGUAGAAAGUGGUCUUGAAGAAGAUUGUGUUCGGGAUCCGAGACAAAUCACAGUCAUUGAUUUAAUUUAUCCAGAACCAAAAGAGGAUUGUUCAAACAUGUGGGAUGAAGAUGACUUGGGUACGGGUGCUCCACCAUGUCUUGAGAGCUAUUCAGUCCCAGAAGAUUAUGAAUUUUACAAAAUGUAUCACGGCACAUUCUGGGAUGCUGCAGAACAAAUAGCUGAGGAGGGUUUUUUUCCGUCCUCUAAAGGCAUGCUUGGACGUGGCGUCUACCUCAGCCGAGAUCUAGAGAAGGCCUCCAGAUACCCUCUGAAUCUGCCUGAAGAUCAGAGAGUGAUUGUUAGAGUGAAGGUCAAUGUUGGAAGAGUGAUAAAGAUUGACCGUCAACGUCAUCCACUGCAGAAAAGCUGGCAUGAUCAUGGGUACAACACUGCCUGGUGCCCUCCAAACUGUGGCAUGGUGGAAAGUGGCCUUGAAGAAUUCUGUGAAGAGGAAAUCAGGUUUAGAAAAGACAUCAGAGGUGUAAACAUGUUCAGGUGGGCUGAAGAUGACUUGGGUGCUGGUGCUCCACCAUGUCUUGAGAGUCACAGCCAACCAGCAAAUGGCAAAGUCUACAUCAUGUAUCACGGCACUACCAGGGCAGCUGCAGAACAAAUUAAAAGACAGGGGUUUUGCCAGUCUAAGGAUGGUAUGCUUGGACGUGGCGUCUACCUCAGCCGAGAUCUACAGAAGGCCUCCAGAUACCCUCUGAAUCUGCCUGAAGACCAGAGAGUGGUGCUGAGAGUGAGGGCCGAUGUUGGCAAAGUGAUAAAGAUUAACAAACAAGGUCAUCUACUGCAGAAAACCUGGCAUGCUGAGGGUUACGACACUGCCUGGUGCCCUCCAAAAUGUGGCAUGGUGCCAAGUGGUCUUGAAGAAGAUUGUGUUUGGGAUCCAAAACGUAUUCAGGUCAUUGAUGAAAUCCGUCCAAAAAUGUCAGGAACACAUUGUGGCUCUGGUGGCCUUUAUAAGUGAACCUUACAACAACAUUCUACAAUGUUAAUUUGAAAACAUUUUACCAGCUGUUGAAGUGGAAUAUAAAUGAAAUGAUCAUGAUUGUAAUACGAAUUAUUGUAAUACGAAUGUAAACAAUAAAUAUAUUAAACAUGCAAA